AGCGCCGGCCCCGCCGAGUGUCCGCGCCCUGGACAGGCACCGGGAAGCGCCUCAGACUCUGUCCCGCCUCCAUCCAGGGGGAGCUGGGCCUUGUUAGUUCAGCCCCGAGUUCCGUCCCUAGGGGUACAGCCGGAAACAAAACCAAAACCACUAUCGUGCUUUGCCUUUCCCCCGCCCCACGCUGGUACCGCCCCGUCUCCUUCCUGCUCCAAAGGCGAGACCCGGCUGCUGUAGAGAACCCCCCCGACGCGUCUGGCACUGUCCUUGUAAAAAUGCACCUAGUUAAGAAUGAACACAAGAGAAGUGCUGUGGUAGACACAGGCUUCAUGUCAUGUUGGUUUCCAGUUGAAAAACCAGUAAGCUGGCAAUUUUAAAGGAGCAGCAACAAAGUGAUGACCAGGUGCCAAGUGCCAGCUUUUCUUAUUCAUCAGAUUCAAGAAGAAUUGGAUAAAGAAGAGGAAGAGAUGAUGGUUUUCCUGUGCCGAGACCUUGCUCCUGACUUGGCCACUGCUGACCUUAAAGAGAUCUUGGUGGCUUUGAAUGAGAGAGAGAAACUGACUCCUAUUGGCUUGUCUGAGCUGUUGUACAGAGUUAAGAGGUUUGACUUGCUGAGGAGGAUCCUGAACACUGAGAAAGCAACAGUGGAAGCUCACCUUGCCAGGAGUCUCAGACUUAUCCCUGAUUACAGGGUACUGAUGGUAGAGAUAAAUGAAAAUCUGGAAAAAGAAGAAGUGGGUUCUCUUGGUUUUCUACUCAGAGAUUAUGCACCUCGUAUGAAAAUGGCAAAAGAUAAGAGUUUUCUAGCUCUUAUAAUUGACCUGGAGAAGCUAAAUUUGGUGGCUCCUAAUCAACUGGAUUUGAUAGAAAACUGUUUUCGAAGUAUUCACAGGAUAGACUUGAUUAAGAAGAUUCAGAAGUACAAACACGAAGCUUCAGUGUCCUCUGUUCAUUCUCAGCCAGUAUAUGUAAAUGCUCAUCAGGCCUCUCUCCCUAAUCUCAGUCUGAUUGAUCCUCCUUAUUACUCAGGGAUUCAGAAUGAGAACACAGAAAAAUUACAAAAUGGAUCAAAUCUUUCUCUGGCAGAACCAGUUCACAUGUCCAUUCAGGAGUCAGGAACAGUGCCACAUAAGAUGUCUGAUGAUUCCUACAGAAUGCAAAGUCAGCCUUUAGGAAUAUGCCUGAUAAUAGAUUGUAUUGGCAAUGACACUGAUGUGUUGGAAGAGACCUUCAAAGACUUAGGCUAUGACGUUCAUUGCCACAAAUAUUUAAAUAUUAACUCCAUGAAUCAAACAUUGCUUGAAGUUGCAAGGUGGCAGAAGCACAGAAAUUGUGACAGCUUCAUUUGCAUAUUGGUCAGCCGUGGAAACUCUCAGAGCAUCUUCUGUACAGACCACACCUUUUCUGGAUUCCCUUUGGAACAAAUAAAGAAAUACUUUACAGCAGACUCAUGUCCUGGACUCCUAGGAAAACCCAAGCUUUUUUUUAUUCAGAGCUAUGUUGUGCCAGAAAAUGAGCAAGAAUGUACCAGUCUUUUGGAAGUUGAUGGGAAGGGUGAAAAUACCAGUGCUGAAAUCACUAUCCCCCAUGCAGCAGACAUCUUUUGGAGUCAUUGCAAGGUGGAUGUGUCUACACUAGAACAAUCACCAACUUCAUCCUCGUAUUAUCUGCGUUGUCUGGCUGAACUACUCUGUAAUCCUUAUAAAAGGAAACUCUGUAUAUUGGCUAUCCAUAUGGAACUGAACAAAAAAGUUUAUGAUUCGAAUAAGACCGCUGACCCAAGCCAACAAUACUCACUGCUGCUCCAGCACACACUGAGGAAGAAACUAUUUUUUCACACUUAACUGCUCUUAAAAAGUACAUAUCUGAAACAGUUAACAAGAAGCAUUUGCUAUGAUGCAAACAGUUUAAUGCAUACUUUAUACAUUGUUAUUUCACAUGUACCUUCCAAGCACAGGAAUUGAAGCAUUUUAGUGUGCUAAGACACUGGAUUUUGUAUUUUAAUAUAUAGUCUCUGAAAGCUUAGAUGAGAAUGCUAGCUAUUGUAUAGCUGUGCUGCAUAUCUUGCUACUGAGUACAACAGGUAAACAGAGUGGAAAGACUGUUAACUGUAUAGCUGUUGGGUUUUCCAAGAAAAAACAGAAGUGUUUUUAUUGUUUCAUGGGUGGUUUUUAACAUUCCUCCUAGCAGUUAAUACUUAAACAAAUACAAGCCAGCCCAAACCACUGAAACACACAGAUUACUUUCCCCUGCACCUAAUAGUGGCAAAUAUCUCAGGAAAGCAUUCCUACCCAGUAAUGCCAGCUCUUUGCUAAUAAAUUCUGGCUUGCAUGCCUCUAAAGACUGGCAAAACAGAAGGGAGAGAGAGAUGGUCUUUUCAAUAAUCUGGAUUCCAUCUGUUUGCUUAAUUAAAAAUUGCAUCAUUAGAACUGUCCACAACACACAGGGGUUCUGUGUUAAUAAAUGAGACAGUCUGCUGUGCUUUGGGCCAAGUAUGUUUUCUGCUGAUGCAAAAAUGAGUCUACAUGUGACAGGACAUUACAGUAAUCAGCCACAAAGUUUAAAAAUGUGAAAUUUUUGGCAGAUGACUUGUAGAAGCUGAAGCACCAGGCAUAGUUGUAAAAAGAUACUUUAAAAUAUUUGAACUUAAAUGUAGUAUGUAGCAGCCAUGGGCCUUUAAAAGUGGAUUUUGUUAAAUACCCCACCUUCACUGCUUCUGCUUUGAAAAAGCAAAAUACGCCUCUAUUAAUUCAUUUUUUUCCCAAGUGCUCUUGUUCUUGUGAAAAAAGUGAAAAUUGUCCUAAAUACAAAAUUUUUUCUCCAAUGUAGCAGUUGCCUAAUAUGAAAACUUCAGUUAACCUUACUUAUGUAACAGUAUAACCUGGAUGAGUUAUAUUGAAGUUUAUUGUCACUGAACUUAGUGAUAUAAAAUAGGUCACUUUAGUAAAGUAAAUAUUUAAUUUUUACUCCUAGACAGGAAAAAAAGUCAAGGCCCUGGUGUGCCUUGCUUAGUAUCUGGUUAAGUUUUUAAUGGAAAAAGAGAAUGAUACAAAAUGAGAGAUGUGGAAUCUUAGAAGUUACUUCCUGUGGUGGCUGGUAAAUUAACUCAAUGUUGAACAAAAUGUUUCCUGUGGUUGUAGAAAGAAGAUGUCAUUUCAAGUUACAUAUAUCUAAGUAAUGUUAAUAGAUGUCAUCUUCUUCAAGAGAUUAACUUCACUUUCCCAUUUCCCUUACUAGCUUUUGCAUUUGACAAGCACUUCUGCUGCCAGAAGCAGGGAGAAUGGAACCAAAAGGAGGCAGAUGAGGAAAAGAAAUGUGGAAAUUUUAAGCAGGAGCAAGAAGGGGAAUGGUAGGGAGCAUCAAGAGAAGAACAAGUAGGGGAAAGAUGAUUUGGAGGAGAAAUACAGUAUCAAUAUUGGAAGGAGAAGAAAACAGGAAAAAGGAAGUAAAUAAUAGUGGCUAUCCUUACAGCCUCUAAUGAUGUGGUGAGUUGGUUGAUGUUUUGUGGAUUGGUUGGUUGGGCAGUUUUGAGUGAUGCUAAAUGCAAUUAUUUAUUUAAAAUAUGAGCAGUAGAAUAUAUUCUGCUUUUACUUUUGUGACAAGUUUGGUUUGGGGGUUAAGAAGUAUAUAUAUCCUUUGCCUUACUGCAAGACACAGUAAGUAAAGUCCAUGUCCCUUUUGAUAAGAAAUUACUCAGAAACACAGUUUUGAAAACUAGAGGCUCAUGUAAUUAAUCCUUUCAGUGGAAAAGGAAGGAACUCUUCAUGUACAGCUGCUUGGUUAGAAGUGGUUCUAACUCUCUGGGGAGUUGUGGGGACAGACAUGUAUUGUGCAGUUCAUGGGUAUCACCCAUUGUUCAUGGGUGUCAGAUACUGAUUUUUUAUGCUGAUCCUCAGUAGACCAUAGCCAUACACAAUCUAUAAUCAUACAUCUAAGCAGUAUUUAUUGCCUUGACGUCUCUGGCUGAUUUAAAGAAUGUCUGUUUUUCAGCUUCUGUAUUUGAAACAGUAAGACACUAUAAUGGGAUGCAUAUUGAAAUAUAUGGAUACUGAAUAAAAUUUCUGUAUGCAGUCAGA